AUGUCCAUGUGCCUCGCAAGCAAGGCAAUGCACCUUGCCUGGUGCUUGGCCCUUAUGGUCGCGGUGCCCGUGCAGGGCCUGCGACCAGCCAUUGACAAGGCAUGGACGACAGCCAUGUCUGAGGCCACAAGCGAGCAAGACAAGGAUCAGGGGAUGACGGAAGGAGACAGCUGUUGCUGCCAAGCAGCUCUUGGGGAUAGCCGGUUUCAGAUGGAUGGAGGUAGUUGCGAGAUCCUGAAGCACGAGCACCCAAGCCGACCUCACUGGUUUUGGCCCGACGAGAAGCGAUGUUGCUGGCCGCAGAAUCAGCUCUUCUGCGUCAUGCCGAACCUCCUUGACCUCUUGGGAGGUUUCGGCACCCAUGGAGGGGUCGUAAGCGAGGAGACGUGGUGCCCCACGCGAAGUUCUCCCACGGGAACGGUGCGAGUUCCUGACCUGCAGGCUGCCAGGACGAAGCUCGAGUCCGAGCGUCGCAUGACGAAGUCCGUCAUCUUCAUCGCGGCGAAGCUUGCGUGGGGUCUUGGAGGAUCAGGCUUCGAGGGCAGCCACACUGCGGACGUGAAAGACAUCAUCGACCAAGCGAGGGACGCUCAAAGUGCCGUGACUGCCGUGGCGGGAGCAACGGCACCCACGGACGGAGUUCUCUCGGGUCCCGGUGGCGAAUGCCCAGGGGGUGUUAGCUGGGAUUACAAAG